GUUUCCGAAAAAAUUAAUCUAAUUUUUGUCCAUAGAAACCCACGAGCAGCAAAACGCUAUGAAGUCUAGGAGCUCUUGUUUCUGCUUUCCCGCCAUGGAAGUCAUGGAAAUCGACGCAGAGAAAAAUCUGCAGAGAAAGCAAUCGACCUAUCUUUCCUUGGAUGAGACGUUUGAGAUUCAGAAAGAGACAUACAGAGGCCAGCAAUACAGCCAAAUUUACUUUGCUCGUCUCCACUUGAUGAGAACACUGCUCUAUUCUCUUGUUCCACAUUGGAAAUCCCAUUUAAAAGUUUGUACAGUUUUGGGAUUGGAAGAAGAGAAGGAAUGUGUCAUUGUUGGAACUCUGUAUAAGCACAUGAAGCUUAAACCCUGCAUUCUUGAUGAGUACUCUAAAGAGAGAUCGUCUGUGCCGCUGGUCAAGCCUCACAAUUUUAUGCACCCGGAUGAUUAUUUGGUAUUGGAAGAUGAGAGUGGAAGAGUGAAGCUUGGGGGUGACGUGCUUGCACAUUCUGCAUUCGUCACAGGCGUUGUUGUUGCUUUGCAUGGAAAAGAAACUGGUUCUGGUGACUUCCUUGUUCUGGAUGUCCUUGAAGCUGGCCUGCCACCACAGAUAGAGCUACCACUUCAGCCAAGAGAGGACAAGUAUGUUCUUUUUGUUUCUGGGUUGAGUGUUGGGAGCAGUGCGUCUAACCCCCUCCAAUUUCAGCUCCUUGUUGAUCAUAUAACAGGACAUCUGGGAGAUGAAGAGGAACAAGGUAUUGCAGCAGAGAUAGUUCAUGUAGUGAUUGCAGGAAAUUCAGUUGAAAUUCCUCGUGGAUUUCUUAAUGGACAGAAUUUGGCUUCAAAAGAUCAAUCAAGAUUAUCUGAGCCAGUCAAAGAGCUGGAUAUAUUGUUAUCUCAGAUUGCUGCAGGUAUGCCUGUGGAUAUCAUGCCAGGAUCCAAUGACCCAGCUAACUUUUCCUUACCUCAGCAGCCUCUGCACAGAUGCCUUUUCCCAGGAUCAGCAGCUUAUAAUACUUUUAGGUCCUGUACAAAUCCUCAUUGCUUUGAGCUUGAUAACAUCAGAUUUCUUGGAACAUCAGGUCAGAAUAUAGAUGAUCUGGAAAAGUAUUCAGAGGCAAGGGAUACGCUUGAAUUUAUGGAAAGGACAUUAAAGUGGAGGCAUCUGGCACCAACAGCACCUAAUACUCUUGGUUGUUAUCCUUUCACUGACAGAGAUCCUUUCCUGAUUGAAAGCUGUCCUCAUGUUUAUUUUAUUGGCAAUCAGGAUAAAUUUGGAACCUGUGAGUUAAAGGGUUCAGAAGGGCAGUUGGUAAGACUCAUUUCUAUUCCAAAAUUCUGUGAAACUGGAGUUGCAGUCAUGCUUAACAUGAAAAAUCUUGAAUGCCACACACUUAGUUUUCGGACUCAAUUUGGCUCAUAAAGACAUGGAAAUGGCUAUCUGGUGGCACCCACCUAGUUUAAAUUUGCAAUGCAAGCUUUGAUAAUUUUGGUAAGCCUUCUGGUGAGUUGCAGUUUUCUUGGGAAGCUUGCGUCUGAUAGCAAGGAAUCUGUGAAAGUUCUCCAAAGACAUUUUCUUAAAUGUACCAAGCUGGAGUAACCAAAUUUGGUCAAUUUGGCCAUUAAUGAAAUGGUAACAUUUAUAAGACUUCUCAGUUGGGAAUAUUACAGCCAAGAGGCUUUUAUUUAUUUAUUUUUCUUGUCAUUAAGAGUGCCAUUAAUGUUACUCUAUUUAUGAUCUUAGAUCACUGGUUAAGUCAUGGAAAUAUCUCUUUAUAAAAUCCCAGAACUGUGGGAUAAUGCACUGCAUCA